AUGGAUCCACCCUCCUGGGCCACAUACAGCCUCUGUAAAGUGAGCACAUACUAUAAAAUCGUUCUCUGCAUCGCUCUGUUCGCUGUUGCCCUAGCAGUUGAGGAGCCCAAAGACAAAAAUAAGAGAGGAAUCGGAGGCUACGGCUUGGAAUAUGGACAUGGUCUUGGAUAUGGCAGUAUUGGACAUUAUGGCGGAUCUGGCUUAGGCCACUAUGGUGGAUAUGGACUUGGUAGCUAUGGCGGCUACGGACUUAGCAGCUAUGGCGGAUACGGACAUGGAUACGAUCUAGGCCAUUAUGGUGGAUAUGGACUUGGAUACGGAGGAUAUGGUCAUGGAUAUGGUGGAUACGGUCAUGGAUAUGGUGGAUACGGACAUGGAUAUGGCCUUGGUGGAUAUGGUGGAUACGGUCUUGGACACGGAUCCUACAGCCUGGGACAUUAUGGAGGUUACCAUUAAAUAAAUAUUUUUUUUUCAACAUAUCAUCACUGCUCCAUAUAUAUCAUCAUCUCGAAAUCAAGAGCUUGAGGAAGUUACGAUAAUCGAAAGUGAAACGACACAUUUCCACGCACCUUCAUCAUUAUCACAGAGAUGAAAUAGUUUAGCUAAAAUAUUUCAUCGCUCAAUGUACCUUUUCUUUUUUAAAUAUUCUUCAUUACUUUUUUUUUAUUAUAACCAUGGAAUUUAUCUAAAUAAAUUUAUUUUUAUAUUUU